GCCUGCGUCCGAGGGCUGUCCGGGCGCUUCUCCAGGUCGCGAAGCCGUAGGUGGAGGAAUCCAGGGAAGAAGACCGGCCGCUGCCCCUCGCCGCGCCAUGCUGGUCCUCCGAAGCGGCCUGACCAGGGCCCUGGCCGCGCGGACCUGGCCGCCUCAGGUGUACUCAUCUUUUGCCACGGGACCUAGACAAAGCGAUGGAACAUUCUAUGAAUUUCGUACCUAUUCUCUUAAGCCUUCAAAGAUGAAUCAGUUUCUGGAAAAUUUUAAGAAAAACGUACAUCUUCGGACAGCUCACUCUGAAUUGGUUGGAUACUGGAGUGUAGAAUUUGGGGGCAGAAUGAAUACAGCAUUUCAUAUUUGGAAGUAUGAUAAUUUUGCUCAUCGAACUGAAGUUCGGAAAGCCUUGGCCAAAGAUAAGGAAUGGCAAGAACAAUUCCUCAUUCCAAAUUUGGCUCUAAUGGAUAAACAAGAGAGUGAGAUUACUUAUCUGGUACCAUGGUGCAAAUUAGAAAAGCCUCCAAAAGAAGGAGUCUAUGAACUGGUUACUUUUCAGAUGAAACCCGGUGGGCCUGCCGUAUGGGGUGACACAUUUAAAAAGGCAAUUAAUGCCCAUGUCAUUCUAGGCUACUCAAAACUAGUUGGAGUUUUCCACACAGAAUAUGGAGCACUCAACAGAGUUCACGUUCUCUGGUGGAAUGAGAGUGCGGAUAGUCGUGCAGCCGGGAGACAUAAGGCUCAUGAGGAUCCCAGAGUCGUGGCGGCUGUUCGGGAAUGUGUCAGUUACCUAGUGUCUCAGCAGAAUAUGCUUCUGAUUCCUACAUCGUUUUCACCAUUGAAAUAGUUUUCUACUGAAAUACAAAGCAUUUCAAGAACUAUCUUAAGAUGUGUCUGCUAAUGGUACUUAAAUACUCCCAAGGGCGUCUCUUAUUGGAAGAAGGUGAUGUUGGACGCUACCGAGGCACCUGAACUUGCCAUUGACCAUAAUUGCCAUCCUCGUGCAAAGAGCUUCACAUUCUUCCAUGCUGUGGGAAAACAGAACCAGGUUUCAGCUUAGAGUGAUGUGCCUCUACCCAUUCGAACAUCACCAGGACAUCUGGCAUUUCAAGAAAUGUUCCCAGCCUCCUAAGGCAUAACGGCGUCCUGUUACAAACACACGUAGAUGUAGGGAGAACCCUGUUCGCUGCAGUGCUCUGUUCAAUCGUGGGAACGCUAGAAACAACCCAAAUGUCUACAAAACACAGUACAAUUAAAUUGGACUACUCUCCAGCUAUAAGAAAUGACUUGGAAUAAUGUUCACGAUAUAGUGUUGAAUGCGCAAGAGCAGUAUUACACUAAGCUUGCAUUUUUUAUUAUAAAUCACCCACACAGGCACGCACACUUGUGUACACAGGUUUGCGUAAGGAAACAGCAAAGAUAUAUUAUUGC